CCUGCCUUUGAAUCUGUGAAUAAAGCUUGUUGAAACAGGAACAGGAAGCACUCAGAAGCAAAACAGAGAGCGGUGCGGGUGGACGGAGUUGCACAGUCAGGAUCGUGUCUGUCGUCACUGCUGAGCGGUGCAGGUUUGUCACGGUUGGAAGUGAGAAGCCCCCGUUUCGUUUGCGCCGAGGUCGCAAUGGCAGAUCCGAUGGUGAAGAUGGAAGCAGACCCGAUGGCGGUGGACCCCGACGCUGGACACCAGCAGGGAGCGAUCGAGCCAUCACCCGCCGCCUGGGACCCCAAGGAAAUCAAAGUGGAGGACGAGGAGCAGCAGGGCUCCUUCAAAGAGGCUGGUCUUGGGGAGCAGGGGGAACAAGGGGAGCAGUCCUCUGAGGGCCCCCAGGCCAAGAAACUAAAAGUGGAACCGGAGAAGAGGAGGGAGAAGCGGCAAAAAGUGGAUGAGGAUGAGAUCCAGAAAAUGCAGAUUUUAGUGUCGUCCUUCUCGGAGGAGCAGCUCAAUCGGUAUGAGAUGUACCGCAGAUCAGCCUUUCCUAAAGCGGCUAUCAAAAGGCUGAUCCAGUCAAUCACAGGCUCCUCUGUGUCUCAGAAUGUGGUCAUCGCCAUGUCCGGCAUUUCAAAGGUGUUUGUCGGGGAGGUGGUGGAGGAAGCUCUGGAUGUGUGUGAGAAGUGGGGGGAGAUGCCUCCGCUGCAGCCCAAGCACAUGAGAGAGGCGGUGCGGAGACUGAAGACCCGAGACCAGAUCCCCAACACCAAGCACAAACGCGUCCUGCUGCAGUGAGGCAGGGCCCCAGGGGCCGGGCCAGAGACACGAGCGGAGCUUCCACUGCCAAGAAAACUCGAGCUGGUCCGGUCUGCCUGCCCCCGCGGAAGCUAGUUCAUUCUUGGGAGCCUUGCCUCGUAGGGAGUCACUUCACAUCUAGAACGAAUGCACAGCGUGAAUAUCCGAAUCACGCUUCAUGACUUUUUCAAGAGGACACCCACACAUCCACGAUGCUGUUUUUCCAACUGAAGGAAUUAACUGGAAGUUGUUGUUGGUGCAAAUAUUACCUCUGGAAUGUGGAGUACAUCUCUUGAAGGCACAUAACAGAAGUGUUACUGUGCAGUAUUUUGAAUCUGCUACAUGGAUCUCUGGUUUAAAAUAAGAAACAGUGGGUGCUGUUGUAUGUCAGUGUGAAAAGGCACAAAGCCAAAAAGUCUGGUAUGAAAGUAAACAUGAGCACACGGUUCUUUUAAAUACCUGGGGAGAGGUACAAGCUGACAUUGGCAGAGUGACUAGUGCCCGCGGUGUACAGUAAUACUGAUUCGAACUUCGGUGCAUCACCAAAUUCCCUGCAAGUUAUUUUUAAAAACCUGUUUUGUUUUCAUUUGCUUUAUGCCAUAUUAGCUUGAUAUAGCCCCUUCAUUUAAUCCAUAUUAACGAUCAAGCUUGUUUAUAAUGUUCAGUGAGUGUUUUACUACCUAGUUCAAUAACAGAAGGAAACGCUGAUAUUUCUUUGGUUUUGUGCAAUGUAGAGGUUGGGUAAUUGUAUCUCCAGUUAUAACGUCAAGUGAAGCUUUGUGCUUCUUUCCCUGUGUGUGUAUUAUUGGAAAAAAAGCCAAUAUGUUGUGUUUAAUAAAAAUAAUUUGAGUUUAAUUAAAAAAAAAAAAAAAAAUGGGCCCUGAUAAUGCCAUUCAAAAGUUUUACAUACAUCAAAAAGAAGCUGUUAUUCAAUAAUGAUGGAACUGUGAUAUAUGGAGGCAGUUUGUAUGUGAAUAAGGACAGCAGAUCACCCUGAAGUUUUGAGUUAAAAACUUUUAAUUUAGAAAUGUUGUCACACAUACAGCACUGGUUCACAGAACCUAUCUGAAUAUAGUAUUAUUAACACUCCACAAGCACAGCCUACAAAUGAAAUAAAAAAAAUACUGUCAAAAACGGCAAACAGUCCUCUGCACUGUACUAAACACCCCAAAGGGUAUUCUACGAAUCCAGCUUUCUGUCAAGUGUCAUUGUUAUUUACUGGAGGACUACACUGGACUGCAAGCCUGGCACAGCACAGCUAAACAUACAAUCUGCCACGUCACAAGCAUUCGUGGCAGAGUGUUCUCAACUUAAAUAUACAAGGUAUAAUUAGCUCACAGAAAUGUGAUUAGUUAGUUCUGCAAAACAUUUUUGACCCUAACACAGCGCUCCUAAAGUUGUGAGCUUUAGGGAGCACGCUCCCUUCAAUGCAGUCCUGUGCUCAAACAUCUUUCAUUCUCAUGCCAGCUGCCUUUCACGCCAGCCUUCAAGUCACUUCAAACCCUGGACCUUCCUUCAGGGGAGGUCUACCAACUACUAUGGCAUUUGCUCUGAACAAUACAUUCUUGAACUGGACAAAAAUAAUACAUAUUAUAUUGCUAAUAAGGCUUAAAUUGAAGCAAUACCACGUUUGCCAACAAAGGCAAAUAAAAGAUCAGGGAACCGAGUCCAACAUCAGUCAUCUUGGCUCUGCUCUAGAGGACAGAGCUGUUCACCAGAGCCACAGUGGAGCUGUGUCUGACUAGUAGUAAGUGAGCUAGCCCACAGAAUCAGGUUAAUACUGAGACUCCUGUGCUGAUCAAACCUCAUUCAAAUUUGUUCCUAACUACUUGUGCACCGCUGUUUAUAUUUGUUUUAAAUCAAGUUGGAAAAGGAGGUAAGAAGAGCACAUGUGACCCCAUUGUUAAAAUGAAAGGGCACAGUCAGUUACUGGCAAGACACGACUACUGUAUUCCUAACUACAGUACACAUGAGCACAUCCACACACCCCUAAGGGAUGGCUGAUGGGGUAGAUGCAAGGGAGUAUUGAGGGACUCCGUUAUUACCAAAAACCUGCAAAUAUGUCAGCAUGUUUCUGACCCAAAUGGAAUCACAUGCACCAGGCCCGAAUACAUUAUACUGCAGUGGAGUGCGACCGGUAUUUGCCAUCAUUAGGUGGCAGACCCUGACUAUGAUUAUAUACAAUACACGUGCAGUGGAGUGUGUUCACAUUAAAUAAAAAAGGCACCCAACAGUAACAAUCUUAACCCCCACCCCCCUCCUCCUUAUCUUGUGAAACUUUAUGUGUUGCAAGCUCCUUUCCCGUAUAUGGUCAGUUAUUUCCAAAUAAAUUAUCUGCGAUUGCAGCUGUGUCCACCAGGUGUCACUGUUAUUCCCCGGUUAGAAAAUGCCACAGGGAUCUAGUCUGUAAUGCACUAUUUGUAUAGUAUAAUUGUGUUGCCUGAAGAAAAAAUCGUACGGGAUUGAGGGACACUGCAUAGAGAGGGCCUCUUGCAAUCCGCAUUAUCUAAAGAUCUGUGGGGCAGAAUGCAACCCGAAAGGGUUCAGACUGCCUGCAUGUUCCUGUGUAGUUCUACAGAGACAAAGUUAAACAAAACAAUCAACAGGCAUGCAUAUAAAUAAAACAGUCCACAUUGAAAACCUGUAUCUGGUGUUCAUUAUUAUUAAUAAUAAUAAUAAUAAUAAUAAUAAUAAUAAUAAUAAUAAUAAUACUCCACACUGAAAUACUGAUCAAGCUUAUUGUUCCUUCUGCUUGUUACAUGUUGCACGAGCUAAAACAAUUACAGAAAAGCACACAGGCUUUCCAGUCUCAAACUGGGAUGCUGUGUAAUGUGGAGAAGACCCCAGGAUAUACAUUCAUUACACACUA